UGCAUCACAUGACCCAAUUGUAUUUCAAUAACCCCUCUCUCUCUCUCUCUCUCCCCUCAGUCCUCAUAUAAAUAAACCCCCUUCUCUUAUUUCAUCCUCUCGAAGAAAGCCCUUUAAUCAAAUUCCCAUAAUAUUUCUCGUUUUCUUUCUCAUCUCUCAGACAAUCAUUAACACAUUACACUCAUCCAAACCAUGAGUUACUACAAUCAACAACAACCCCCCGUUGGCGUUCCUCCUCCUCAAGGUUACCCACCAGAAGGAUACCCGAAAGACGCGUACCCACCACCAGGAUACCCAGCGCAAGGAUACCAACAACAAGGGUACCCUCCACCCGGAGGAUACCCGCAACAAGGAUAUCCUCCCCAACAAUACGCCCCUCAGUACGCUCAGCCGCCUCCUCAACAACAACAACAGAGUGUUGGUUUCAUGGAAGGAUGUUUGGCAGCUCUGUGCUGUUGCUGCCUGUUGGACGCCUGCUUUUGAUUGAUUGAUACAUCAUACCCCAGAGAUUCAACUCGGAUGGGCUGAGGAUUAUCGUGAUUAUUUGAUACACAAUCAUGUGAAAUUGGAAAAACAAAAAAAAGAUGUUUGUUUCGUAUCAUGUGUAGCUAAUCGACUCAAACCCCUCCCCCAACCCCCCCUCCCAGAUCUUAAAUUGUUUUUUCGUAAAUAAUUUGAAUAUUUUGAAUUGGAUUAAGUUUGCUCUCUCUGUUGUUUGUCUUCUGAAAUUUAGCUUUUUAGCUUUUGAAACUAUAGAGCAGAGCUCAUUUGUUUUGCCGUGCAUCCAAUCUUGUGCUUUUCCUAUA